GGUUUACAGCUCUGACCGUCAUCGGUCGCGUGAAAAAGCCAGGUCUUCUCCCUCGCCCAGGCUGAGAAGAUGCGGGCUACGAGAGAGGUCGAGAGAGUGCGAGCGGGAAGGAAAUGAGUGGAGACCUCAGAAAUGCAGAUUCGGUCAACGCUGUCGUGUAAGCUCACUUGUCACUCCAGUCGACUGAUUUGGCGAGCAUGGAACUGAUCGGGGCCCGAUUGUCUGUAGCUUUGAAAGAGAAUAUUUGGUUCUUCACACGACAACGAUAGCUUCGGGGGCUUGGCGAUAAGGAUCAGGAGGCCAGGCUUUAAUAAUGCAAAAGGGAGGGCAUCGCGGCCCAUGUGCCCAUCUGGAACGCGGGGGUCAAAACUCAGAGACACGCCAAAGCUCGAGAAGCCCGUCACUGUUAGCAGCAACACUCCAGAAGCACACGCUUGCGCUCGGGCUCGGGCUCGGGCUGGCCCGACCUGCAGCUACUUGUAAUGGGCUGCCAUUUCUGCGCGAUGGAAAAGUGGGUCAGAUUUACUCGCUGCUGCUUGCGCGACGAAUAUGUCAGCCGCAAGCCCCCUCCUCCUCUCUCGAAGGCCUUGGGUUGGGAGCCCCAUCAGCCGAUCGGAGCGACAGUCCACCUCCACCUCCUCCUCCUCCUCGUCGCAACCCGUGCGUGCUUCAGUCAGCUUCAAAGAAUCGCCCCAAUCCCAAUCCCAAUCCCAAUCGCAGGCCCCGUUCCGCCCUCGAGCACCGAAUUCAAGGCCUUGCGAGCCAUCCGUGCCGGACCCCGAGUCUGCAUCGAUCUGGGACAAUGAAGAGUACCGGCGAGUCACCAUGGCGAAGCUCGUCAAGGGCGUGUACGAGCUGGAGCACAGGCGAAUGGUGCAGACCUCGGCGGAUGCGGAGCCCCCGGCUCGCCGGUGGUGGGAGUCUGUCAACUUCGAGCUCGUCGGAUUGCAGGAAGAGGAAGAGCAGAGGAAGAAGAAUUCGCACGACGAGGAGAAGAGCAUCAAUCUGGCCGUGUACCGAUGGAACUCGGCGUCGCCCGCACCUCCUCCGCCGCAGAAGGUCGUGAUCGCCGUGCGAGGAACUCUGCCGCGAAUGGACGACGGCUGGCACAACAUGCACAUCCCUCUGCAGCGCCUGCACGAGACGCCCCGCUACAAGGAGAUCAUGGCGGCGGUGAAGAGCGCCGUCGCCACGCACGGGAGCCAUGAAGUUUGCAUCGUGGGCCACUCGCUGGGCGCUGCGCUCGGAUUGCUCGUGGCCCGCAGCCUCGCCGUGGACGAAAGCGUCCGAAUCGAGUCGCACCUUUUCAAUCCCGUCUAUCCCUACACUUGGGUCCCCGGCCCGCACGAGCUCAUCGGCGAUGAAGCUUUGUGGAGCACGAUUAGGGCUAUGCGCUAUGCGGCGACCGUCGGCCUCACGCAUCUGCUGGUGGACGCCGAGACCCGAUCAUCCGUCGAAGCAGAGUUCCUCCGCCUGCAGGAUUGGACUCCUCAUAUCUAUGUCAACAAGGGCGAUCCGAUCUGUCGAGGGUACUGGGAGUACUUCCAUAGCCACGAGCGCCUCGCGCGACAGGGCUCGCUGGGAGCUCGAGUCUCGUCCAUGGCCGCGCCCUACUCGACCAGAGGUCUAGCGUUCCGUGGAUCCAAGCCCGUGCAUCUCGUGCCUUCCGUGGUGCUUCACCUCUGCGCGGGCGCUCCGAUGGAUGUUUGGACGGAUCUCGGAGAUUAUCGCUACUUUCACCACAAUCUGAAAAAUUGGUGGACCAAGGAUUUGCAGGUUCAAACUCGGCACGUUCGGAUCGCGAGCUGGUGAACAACAUCCUCCGUGUCUUCUACCGUAAAUGCGACGUGUUUCAUUGUAUCAUUGUAUCAUUCUUGGACGAGAAUUGUGAUCGUCUGUCUGAAUUGGAUGUACGAGGCUCGAGGGGCUAGCAAUUUGUGAAUAGAUAAAGAGUUCUCUUGGGCCUCGUUUCCUUUGGCCACAUCCCUGUUCUUCUUUUACUCGAGCUCUUUUCCUCACCCUCUGUCUCUACACAGAAUAUUGACCUCGGAUCAUGCCCAACCACUUUGCGCAAUUUCGAUUUGUCUCGAAAGCUGCAUGCAGCGUUCGUCGUCACUCCAUGCCCCGAUUGGUUUGAUUUUUGUCGAGCGAAAUUGUCGACUUCUCGAAUCCGGGAAUUCAAACCAAAUCGUGCACCUGCAAAGUGUGCAGAGUCGAACCUUCGCACUGAGCCAGGAGGAAUUUUGUUGUGCUCUUCUUGCUCUUGAGGCCACGAGAGAGUCCUUGCAUGACAGACUGACAGAGGGUCACCGCACGACACCUGCCGAAGGAAAAGCUUUGUUGGGCCAGUCAUUCAUUGACCGCAAAUUCAGCGAAUUAAUUCAGUCCGCGGAUUAAUCACAACUUCUACAUUCCAUCCGACUGUCCUUCUCAGUAUCAGGACGUUCGCUGGUUGCACUUACAAGAUUCUCUAAACGCCCAACCGGGUGUCUGAAAACUG